AUGACACGCAAGAAGAGAAAGGCACCUCAGCUUGAGGCGUGGUGCUGGUACUGCGAUCGAGACUUUGAAGAUGAGAAAGUCUUGUUACAACAUCAAAAGUCAAAGCAUUAUCGAUGUCCACAAUGUCCUAGACGACUUAAUACGGCAGGAGGACUUUCAGUGCAUCUGACGCAAGUGCACAAAGCAGAGCCAGAGAGGAUCGAGAACACUUUAGUUGGCAGAGAUUCGUUCGAGAUCGAAAUCUAUGGCAUGGCAGGCAUUCCAGAAAAGGACUUGCAAGAGUGGAAGCAGAGACGAGCGGCGCAGAGGGCAGAUGGAAAUGUUCCAGUACAGAACAAGAGACCGAGGAUAGAAAAGCUAGUUCUCUCCAAGGAGCAAUUGCGCAUUCAGUUGGAAGCGCACAAGGCUUUGAUGAGCGGCAAAGCACCUGUGCCUGCACUCAUGCCAGCCUUUCCUCCAGGAGGGCCAUAUUCGGUACCGCCGCCCUCAUUAUCUCGAGGAUUUGGUAUCGCACCACCCAACUUUGCAAGACCACCGCCGAAACAACCACCACCGGCUUACAACGCACCGCCGCCAGCAGCAGGACAGCAGGGAGCACCUCGCUACCCACAACCCAUCGAUUCGCAAGCUCAACCAAGAGAUGGCGGCAGAGACCCUCACAAAGUCAGGGCAGCAGACUUGUUCUAA